AGAAUCAGUGAAGCAGCAGAACUUGAGGCAAGCCCUCCUUGGCCUAAGACUAAGAAAGACACUCUGGAAUCCACUAUGGACAGCCUCCUGAUGAAGCAGAGGAAGUUUCUUUACCAUUUCAAGAAUGUCCGCUGGGCGAAGGGUCGCCAUGAGACUUACUUGUGCUACGUGGUGAAGCGGCGGGAUAGUGCCACCUCCUUUUCUCUGGACUUUGGUCACCUUCGAAACAAGUCGGGCUGCCACGUGGAGCUGCUCUUCCUCCGCUACAUCUCCGACUGGGACCUGGACCCCGGCCGGUGCUACCGCGUCACCUGGUUCACGUCCUGGAGCCCCUGCUACGACUGCGCGCGGCACGUGGCGGACUUCCUGCGCGGGUACCCCAACCUCAGCCUCAGGAUCUUCGCCGCGCGCCUCUACUUCUGCGAGGACCGCAAGGCGGAGCCCGAGGGGCUGCGGCGGCUGCACCGGGCGGGCGUCCAGAUCGCCAUCAUGACCUUCAAGGAUUAUUUUUAUUGCUGGAAUACUUUUGUGGAAAAUCGUGAAAAAACUUUCAAAGCCUGGGAGGGGUUGCACGAAAAUUCCGUUCGACUAUCCAGACAGCUUCGACGCAUUCUUUUGCCCCUGUAUGAGGUUGAUGACUUACGAGAUGCAUUUCGUACUUUGGGACUUUGAUACCAACCUCCAAGAAUGUCACAUACAGUGAACCAUCUCUGAGGACAGUGGGUAAAAGGAUAAUCUCAAGAAUUCUGUUUUUCUUCAACUCUCACUUUCUCAAAGUCUAGAGAGGAAAAUAUUCAUAUACAGGACUUUGUAAAAAAAGAAACAAGUCUUGAAAGUACAGAAGGAACUGAGGCCCAACAGGGUUAUAGGCUGCAAGUGGUGCAGUUUUUGAUGCAACAGCGUCCCCUACUGGGAAAUGACCGAAUUGCAGGGUCGGGGAGCACCGAAAGUGUCCUGUUCUAAGACUCUUAGGCGGGGAGGAAACAAACCUUAAAAGCAUGGUGAGAAGAUCAAAUGUUUUUAUAAUAUGUAUCCUUUGUUAUUUGAUUCAGACGGAGUUCUCAAUAUUAGUGAUAGAUUUUUCUACUCUUCCUUUGGAGCUCGCUUUCAAGUGAACAAACUUUUACCAGUCCAUGAUCUCUAUAGACCUCCUAAUGAAAGGACCUGGGGGAUCGUAAUCCCAAAACAUCUAACAAAGGCAUUAAUAUAUAAGCAUGUGCUGUAUGUUUUCAUUGUCUGAGAUAUGUUUUCGUUUGUACAUAAGACAAUUUUUCUUGGUAUAAAAUAUGCAUGAUCACCUUCAGGCUAUUUUAUAAUAAAGGUUCUUGAAAUGAA